CAGUGUGGUCAAUGGCGAACGCUCAGCAGCCUUUUGGUGAUGGACGCCCAUUUACGAAAGGUGUGCCGGGCAGGCCGGCCACCGGCACCCGACCUCCCCCCACUGCACCGAGGCUCAGCACGGGAGUAUCUCCUGGUACAGCAAGACUUGGAACACGUGGAGGAAUGGUAAUGUCUGGUGGUGUGCUCUCUGCCCAGAUUAAAGUUGCAGAUCGCCCUGUAACUCAGCAAGGGUUGAGUGGAAUGAAAACUGGAAUUAAAGGACCACAUCGUCAGAUUCUGGACAAGUCUUACUUUCUUGGACUGCUUAGAGCCAAAAUCAGUGAACUUACAACAGAAGUUAGCAAGUUACAAAAGGAAAUCGAUACAUUUAACCAAGAAAAUUCUGUCUAUCUGUCAUAUGAAAAGAGAGCUGAAGCAUUGGCUAUAGAAAUUAAAGAUUUACAAGGCCAGUUGGCAGAUUACAAUAUGCUUGUGGAUAAACUGAAUACCAAUACUGAUAUGGAAGAAGUUAUGAAUGACUAUAACAUGCUCAGAGCACAAAAUGAUCGAGAAGCCCAGAACAUGGAUGUAAUCUUUACAGAGCGACGUGAGAAGGAAGACCUGAUUAAAGUUAUUGAUCUGGAAAUUGACCAAGAGAAACGAGCAGCAGAUACCAUCAUCAAAAAUAUGGGAGAAGAUAAACAAGCUAAAUUCAUAAAGAUGAAAGCAACUAAUGAGCAUCUAUUGGAGGAGUUGGAUGCUCGACAGCGUGAGCUGGAUGCAUUGAACACAAGAAAGGAAGCACUGGAGGCUGAGAUAGCUCAUUCCCAGGUGAAGCAAGAAGCAGUGGUUCUGUAUGAAAAACUCCAUGAGCUUGAAAGUCGCUGUACUCAGAUGAUUGCAGAAAAUAAAAGUAUGGGAUCUCCACAGGAGGAGAGGGAACGACUACUAAAACAGGUUAAAGAAGAUAACCAGGAAAUAGCCAGCAUGGAAAGACAACUUAUGGAGAUGAGGGAGAAAGUGAGCCACGUAACUGAAGAGAUUCGGCAACUUGAUAUGGAUUUGGAGGAACACCAAGGAGAGCGCAAUCAAAAGUACAAAGAGCUGAAGAAAAGAGAAGAAACAAUGGAUGCAUUCCUGGAUACUGCCGAAGAAAUGAAAAAUCAAGAAUUUGAACGAAAAGCUCAACUUGAGGGUAGUAUUGUUGCUUAUCUGGAACACACAAGCAGAAAUAUGAAUCGGAUGAGACAAAUCUCAUCAGUAACUGCACACGAACUUAAAUCCAUGCAGGAGGACCUGAAUUUCAAGGAGACUGAAAUGCAGAAAUCACAGACAACUGCCAAGGGUUUGACUGAUGAGAGCCAACGGCUCCAGCAAGAUCUUCAGAAAGUUGAACAACUUGAAAGCAAGAUAACUGCUGAGCUGAGUUCUUUAAAAGAAAAAAUCCAGCAGAUAACAGUUGCUCUGGAAACUUAUAAUGACCUAGAUGGACUAAAGGCAGCUGGAGAAGAGAAGAAAAAGAAACUCCAGGAGGAGAAGAUAAGACUGACAAAAUGCAGAAGCACCUUUAAGAAGAUGAUGCAACAGGUCUCAAAGGAAAGUGAUAUUCUGAAGAUGCAAUUACAGGAAAAUGAAACCCAUUCACAGCUGAUGAAUCUGGAACGUAAAUGGCAACACCAUGAGCAGAACAACUUUGUUAUGAAAGAAUUUAUAGCUACAAAGGGAAUGGAGAGUAAUUACCAACCUAUUAUGAAGGAUGUUACCAAACAACUUACUGAGUUCAACAAAAUACUUCAAGAAGCCCUUCAGAAUGCUAAAAAAAUGACCUAAGCUUCCUGGUUGAUCUGAAAGGAUAUCAAAGAAAAUAGUUUUAAUUGGUUUAUUGCUUUAACUGUGAAAUAUUCAUAUGCGGAUAGGCUCACACUUUACUGAACCUUUCUCAUGCAUUUUUUUAUUUUGAAGUGUAUCUACAUACAGUUUAUUGUGAAUAUUUGUUUAUUGUUAGAAAAUAGAACAUACUUAUUUCCCUUUACCUUUGCAACUUGUAUUCUCUCACAUGCCCGUCAACUCCAAUUUCAUUACUUUUCUCAUUAAACAGCAUGAGCAGUAAUUUACAAUAGCCAAAUAACUUAGUCUUUGGGAUGUGGGAGAAAAUUGGAACACUCUUGAAAAUUGCUUUUUCAUUGAGAAAGUCGUGAAGUGUUUGUAUUUUAGCUCAAAUUAACUUUUUAACUACGUUUGUGUUUGUAUUCUGUAAUGGGAUACUUUAAAUACAAAUAUAUCAAACGGAAAUCAAGAUGUGUGAAUUCAACAUCCUUUGGAUAAUCCAUUCUGCCACUAUUCAACCUAUGGACUUCAUUUCAAUUUGCAUGAGCUUGAAACUGAGGAGUUCUGAUUGUAUCUGUAAACUUGAAGUGUGCAAGGGGUUUUAUUCUAAGCCACUAUGCUUCUGGGAUUCCUGAUGAAGUUCAUAAAUCAGAUUCAAUUCCACCAGGUAAAGCCUCCAAUCAUGUAAGUUAGCUUUCCGUGUAGAGCAAAAGGACAAGUGGAGUGAAGUCAGAACAUGAUCAUUGAAACCUCGCAAAUGUGACUACAGAUUGCCACUGAAGUAGCAGCAUGUGAUUUCAAUGGCACAAACCAUCUUAACAGAAAAGGUGAGUGUUUCUAGCUACUUGUUCCAGAACUUUAUUUCUUUGGAAAUCUGAUCUUGCAGGUACACUUGUAGUCAUCUUUCCUCAGUCCCAUCUGUCCAGCCACAACCAAUGGUUUCUGUCCUCUUUACACAAUAUUUUACUAUUCCAUCAUGCUUACCCUUAACAAAGGCACUGUCAGCCCAUUAACCUGUUCAACAUCAGUUGCUUUUUCUCCUCAUAGGAGCAAAGUACAGAAUUUGAAGGCAAAAAACAAAAGGUGACUCCAUCCAUUUUAUAAUUGAUAGUGACAGAUAGGGAGUUGUUGAAGCUUGGUGAAGGCCAGCAUGAAUUAGUAACUUCACCACUGCGUGAUGUUAUGAUUAGAUGCCCCCUCUGACAUACAGCAGUCACCCAUGAUAAGUUUCUUUUGGCAGUGCCAUAGCAAUUAUUAAAAAAAUUCUUACCUUCGCUGUUAUGUCUUGAAUCUUUAGUCUCCCACAGGAGCUUCAAGUGCUCUAUGGAAAAUGAUUCAGAAAUUACUAAUUCACCAACAGAGAAGUCAGGCCAGGGAGCAUCUGUGUAAAAGUGUAAACUGUUGAUGCUUUGGGCUGAGACCCUUCAUCAGGACUCCAUCUGACCUUGGCCAGUCCUGCCGAAGAGUCUCGGCCCAAAUCACUGACGGUACUCUUUCUCAGCCUGGCCUGCUGAGUUCCUCUAACAUUUUGUGUGUGUUGCUCGGAUUUCCAGCAUCUGCAGAUUUUCUCUUGUUUGUAACUGGUAUAUAAUUUUACUUCUUCUACCUCCUUCCCUUCUUAACAAGUUGAAUGACAUUUGCCAUUUCCCAGUUCUCUGGAAACAUUCCAGAAUUUAGUGAUUCCAUAAAGGUCAUUACUAAUGCCUCCACAAUCUUUUCAGCUACCUCUUUCAGAACCCUAUGGUGUACACCAUCUGGUCCAGAUGACUUAAUUACCUUCAGACCUUUCAGCUUCCCAAGCACCUUCUCCUUAGUAAAACGACAAUCACUUCUGCCCCAUGGCACACUGGAAUUUCUGGCAGAUUGCUGGUGUCUUCCACAUUGAAGAAGGUCUCAGAAUAUUUAUUAAGUUUAUCCUUGUUCCACAUUACUACCUUUCUAGCGUCAUUUUCCAUACUACUUCAUCUUUGGGAUGUAUCUAUCCUGCAUCUCCCGAAUUGCUCUCAGAAACUGGAAUUCUUUAUGUAUACUUAAGGCUGAGGUUGAUAAAUUCUUGAAUGAUUAGGGCAUGAAGGGAUACAGGGAGAAGGCAGGAGACUGGGGGCUGAGAGGAAAACUGGAUCAGUCAUAAGGACAGAACAAAAUCGAUGGGCUGGAUGGCCUAAUUCUGCUCCGAUAUCUUAUGGUCUUAAACUCCAGCCAUUACUGUUCUGCCAUCAUCCCUGAUAGUGUCCCCUUCCAAUCAGCUUUGGUCAGCUCCUUCUCAUGCUUCUCUAAUUCCCUUUACUCCACCGCAAGGCCAUAAGACAUAGGAGCAGAAUUAGGCCAUUCAGCCUAUUGAGUCUGUUCCGUCAUUUCAACAUAGCUGAUCCUGGAUCCCAUUCAACCCCAUACACCUGGCCUCUCACCAUAUCCCUUGAUGCUCCGAUUAAUCAGGAAUCUAUCAACCUCCGCUUUGAAUAUACCCCUGGACUUGGUUUCCACAGCAGUUUGUGGCAGAGCAUGCCACAGAUUCACCACUCUUUGGCUAAAAAAAAAUUCCUCCUUACCUUUGUUCUAAAAAGUUAACCCUCAAUUUUGAGGCUGUGCCAUCUAGUUCUGGAUACCCCCUCUGCAGGAAACUUCCUCUCCACAUCCACCUUAUCUAGCCCUUUCAGCAUUUAGUAGGUUUCGAUGAGAUCCCCCCACAUUCUUCCAAAUUCCAGUGAGUACAGGCCCAAAGCUGCUGAAUGCUUCUCAUGUGUUAACCCCUUCAUUCCCGGAACCAUCCUUGUGAACCUUCUCUGGAUUCUCUCCAAUGACAAUACAUCCCUUCUGAGAUAAGGGGCCAAAGCAGUUGACAAUAUUCCAAAUGUGGCCUGACUAAUGUCUUAUAAAGGCUCAGCAUUAUCUCCUUGCUUUUAUAUUCAAUUCCCCUUGAAAUAAAUGGCCACAUUGCACUUGCCUUUUUUACCACGGACUCAACCUGUGAAUCUACUGGGAGUCUUGUACAAGGACUCUUAACUCCCAUUGCACCUCUGAUGUUUGAGUUUUCUCCCCAUUUAGAUAACAGUCUGCACUAUAGUUCCUUUUACCAAAAUGGAUUAUCAUAUGUUUCCCAACACUAUAUUCCAUCUGUCACUUUUUUCCCCAUUCUUCGAAUUUGUCUAAGUCCUGCUGCAAUUGCAUUGCUUCCUCAACACUACCUACCCUUCUUCUUAUCUUGAUAUCACCUGAAAACUUUGCCAAAAAGCCACCAAUUUCACUAUCUAAAUCAUUGACAAACAAGAUGAAAAGUAGUGCUCUCAAUACUGGCCCCUGAGGAACACCACUAGUCACUAGCAGCCAAUCACAAAAGACCCCCUUUAUUCCCAUUCACUGCCUUCUGCCUGUCAGCCAUUCCACUAUCCGUGCCAGUAUUUUUUCUGUAACACCAUAGGAUUUUAUCUUGUUAAGCAGCCUUAUCAAAUGCCUUCUGAAAAUCUAUGUAAAUGACAUCUACUGCCUCUCCUUUGUUCACCUUGCUUGUUGCUACCUCAAAGAAUUCUGAUUUGUCAGGCAAGAUUCCCCUUUACAGAAACUAUGCUGACUGACUUAUUUUAUCAUGAGUCUCCAGGUACCUCAAAACCUCAUCCUUAAUAAUGGACUCCCCAACACUUUCUCAACCACUCAGGUUAGGCUAACUGGCCUAUAAUUUCCUCUCUUUUGUCUUCCUUCCUUCUUUAAAAAGUGGAGUGACAUUUGCAAUUUUCCAGUCCUCUGGGACUGUGCCAGAAUUAAGUGCUUCUUGAAAGAUCAUUACCAAUGCAUCCGUUAUCUCUUAAGCAACCUCCUUCAGGAAUCAGGUGUAGUCCAUCUGGUCUAGGUGACCUAUCCAUCUAAAGACCUUUCGGUUUGCCAGGCACUUUUUCCUUUGUAAUAGCAAUGGCACUCACUCCGGCUCCCUGACACUCACAGACCUCUGGCACAUUGCUAGUGUCUUCCAUAGUGAAGACUGAAGCAAAGUACAUAGAACAUAGAAUAGUACAGCACAGUACAGGCCCUUUGGUCCACAAUGUUGUGCCGACCCUCAAACCCUGCCUCUCAUAUAAGCCCCCACCUUAGAUUCCUCCAUAUAACUGUCUAGUAGUCUCUUAAACUUCACUAGUGUAUCUGCCUCCACCACUGACUCAGGCAGUGCAUUCCACGCACCAACCACUCUCUGAGUAAAAAACCUUCCUCUAAUAUCCCCCUUGAACUUCCCACCCCUUACCUUAAAGCCAUGUCCUCUUGUAUUGAGCAGUGGUGCCCUGGGGAAGAGGCGCUGGCUAUCCACUCUAUCUAUUCCUCUUAUUAUC